GUGACGCAGGAGGAAGUGACCGUUAUUCUGUGACUUCUCUCCGACCCACGAGCCGGAUCUGAGCCGGAUCAAUGUGAAUCCAGAAGCCUUCAUCCUCAUCAUCCUCUGAAGGGAUUUAUAGGGACUUUUCUGACCGGAGUCUGGCGGCGAGGACCGUCGGAGGGGAAUCCCGGAGGGGGGCGUGACCACCGGCUGUGAGUGCGCCUGUGUGUUUGUGCGGCACGUGCGGUAUCAGUGAGGAGUACUACGGACCCGGAGGAAGACCCGGACCUGAUCCUGCGUCUGUCCACAGCUUCACAUGGGUUACCGAUCCGCAGCAGCGGGUCCGCUUCCUCUGCGCAUCAUGUGUGUUCAGAUUCUUCACCUCGCGGCUUCCAUCAUCAGAUAAUCAACACAGCCGCGCGGUCUUCACGGUCAGCUGAGACCCGUUUCUUGCUGGAUCAGUUUCAAACUUCAGCUUUUGAAGGAUUUUAUCCAAACAUGGACUCGGAUGUGUGUUCACAGCUGAACUAUUGACUGAUUUAGGAAACACUGAAUAAUAAUAAUAAUAAUAAUAAUAAUAACACCGCGGAUCGGCGGAUUCAGCUGGCGACGUUUCUUGCUGACGUCAUCAGGCGCCGUGCUCCUAUUGGCUGUGUCUCUGAGGAUGCGUGAGGUCAGUGUCUAGGCGUGGCAGUGACGGACGGCGGCCUGUAGGGGGGGUGGGGGGGUGAUGUCAGCCGCCUACAGCAGCCGGGACAUCGUGGAGGACUACCUCCGCUACAAGCUGCUCAACAGCGGCGUGGCGUGGCGCGUGCGGCCAGCACGAACAGGUGGCUGGCGACCAAGGCGCGAGCAAGGUGCGCCAACGUCAUGGUUGUCAUGGAGAUCUGAGGGAGCAAGGUCACACCAGCCAGAUUCCUGGUUGGCUCCACCCCGGCUGCAGGUCGUCCUGCGGUGCGCCGGUGACGAGCUGGAGCACCAUUACCGCGGCGACCUGUCGGCCCAUGUGUCGGUGCUGCUGCAGGGCGACGCCGGCCUGGCGGCACGACGGCGAAGCCUGACGGUGGUCAGGGAGGAGCUGUUCAGGGAUGGGGUGAACUGGGGACGCAUCGUGGCCAUGAUGGAGCUGUGCGGCGCUCUGUGCGCCGAGGUGGUCAAGACGGGCGGGACGUGGCAGGUGGACGACAUCGCCGGGUGGAUGGAGGAGAGUCUGGACUCGCCGCCACUCCGAGGAUGGAUAGAGGAUAACGGAGGAUGGGAUGCCUUUGUGGAGCUGUACGGUGCGUCCAGACCUCCGGGCAGUUUCUGGUCUCUGAGGACUGUGUUUGGACUGGCUGUACUGGGAGCAGCUGGGAUCACACUGGGGGCUUCUGUUCACACAGAAGUAGAACUGGUCUGAUCCGGUCAGCAGCAUCUGAGCUGCAGUUUCUCUAACGUCCACCAGAUGCCGCUGUGAUCAAACUCUGACUGAAAACCUCCAACUCCUCUCUUGUUCAGCUCUCAGCAGAUUCUCUGAGCUUCUUCUUCUGACACACAGAGGGAGGAUUUUCAAAGUAAAUGUCCCAUGAAGGAGAUUAAAAGGUGUAGGCCCACAGUCACUGCUCGCUCAUCCCUCCUCAGGUCACAGGAGAGAACUCAAACUUGACAACACCAUUGUGGACUGGAAGACAUGACAGGGUAUUAAAGGCUGUUGAGUUGAGGAUGAAUUUUCUUUUUUUUAAUGGAGCUAGGCUAACGGUUUCCACCUGCUUACAGUCUUUGUGCUAAGCUAGGCUAAACAUGUUGAGGACCGAUCUCUGUGCUGGAAACAGAGAUGAAAGAAGAGAAAACAAGACUUUUAACAGCAACAGGAAGUGAUGAACCAAACCUUUAAAAGGAGGCUCCUCGAUGACACUGAAACAGGAGACAAAAACUUUGCCCUCACCCUGUUUCCACAGCUUGUUUCAGAUCCAGAGUACGAGACGUUAAAAACUGAAAAAAUAAGGCUCUCAGAAAAUACAAAUGUAGAUUAAAGUGUCCGACUGUCAGACGAGACGUUUAAUAAGAAACACUGACAGCUUUAAUGAGCCAACCCAAGCGUGUGAUUGGCUCCUGAUUGGAGUUGGUAUGAAGCAACUGUGGUCAAAGUUGACAACAUUCCUAAAGUCAAAGAAGAAGAGCGAACAACUGGCCUCAGGUGACUCCAUCGUUCCAACAGCCAGGAGCACUAACGAACCAGGAGGUCCAUCACGUUGAUACCAGAGAGGUGAAACAGCUCGGGCUCCCUGCCAGUCAGUCAGAACUGAAGAAGCCUCUUGGAUGAAAGUGUCUUCAACCAAGUCCAGCUGCCCUUGAUUUUACCCUUCCUUGGAGAACUCUGAACUGGUUGACUGAGAACCUUCCCAGACAAGAAGAGCGAUCGCUUUCUAAUAAGGAACCUUUAAAGCUGUGGUUCCCGACCUUUGUCCCAUCAGAUGGGCCUUAGUGCCCCUUCAUCAUAACCUUUGUGGCAUUGUUCAAUAGACUUUGUUUUGGCCAAGUUUGCAUUUGUACUGCUGCUCAGUCCCUCCAGGAUCUCGUGGGCCAGCUUUGUGAUUGCUGCAGCAGCUUUUCUAAAAUAUUGCAAUGAAAGUUGUGAUUUAUUUGGGAAUUUUGGGGGAUAAAAUUGUGGGAAUAAGUGAAAACUGUUAUUUUUAACUUUAGAAUUAUAGUUGAAUCAUGAAACAGUCCGUCCAGGACUUGGCAGACCUAACCCUAACCCCUGCGUAUUUAAACCACCUUGAUUCUUUCCUGCAGCUGGCCGGGAUGCAGCAGCCUGUGUCUCAGCGUCUCUCUGACGUCCUCCAUGUGAUUCUGACGUUCUCUCUCAAAGUGUUUGUCAGUAGAUGAUUUCCUUUAUGUUUGACCACGAUGCUUCCCCGCUUUGGUGAAGAAGAUCUGGAUCCUGGUCUUCACGGUCCUUUGCUGUUGUUUUACCUGGUUGGGAAUCGCUUCUUUUGAAGACUUAUAACUGUUUAUUAAUGCUUUAUAGAUUAUUUAGAUCUAUAUAUCAUUCAGAUCAGUACUCAUUAAAAUGAAAACAUGUUGGUUUGAGUAACAGUUCCAUCAGUUUUUAAUACACAUCAGAUGUGUGACAAUACAGAGUUCAAGUUACAACGUAACCGAGCAGGAUUGUACCGGAGCUCAGUGGUUAAAAGCUGCAUCACGCUUAUUUAGCAUGAAGGACGUCCUCCUCCUUCUGCUUCCUCUUUACAUCUGACAUAUUAAUAACAGGACGUUCCGGUGUUUCGUUCCUGCCACUCACAAGCUGCAUGUCAAGAGAUUUUCAUCUUUAGUCUCUUUAACAUUGUUAGAUAGGACACCCAGACUGAAGGAGAGGGUGUUAAUGCUGCUAAUGCUGAAGGGCUCAUGAAGUCUUUGGACUUCCAUGUCUUAAUGUCAGUGAUGCAGGACGUAAGACAGCACACAUCAGGUACCAGGCUUUAACAGUUCUGUGUCAUCUGUGUAGAAAUGUAAAAAAUCAGUGUUAUGUCUACGACUAUUUUCCCCAGGGGCAGUAAAUAAGAGGGGGGCCAGAAUAGACCCCUGGGGGACUCCUAAAAGAGAGCGGGAAGAAAUCUCUUAUGUUUGGUGUCAGAGGUGGAAAAAGUUCAUCACAAAGACUGUUAUCAUUGUUGUUGUUCUUCUUCUGGGGAACAUUUGAACUCAGUCAUUUUAUUUCACAGACAUUUUAACACACAGGUUUUCUUUGUAAACUUUGGAUCAUAAACUGAAUGUUAGUAUUUGGUGUCGAAUGAAGCCCGUUGGUUUGUGAUUCAGUUAAUUUUAUGCACUUUGUUAUUUUUCUGAACUUAAAACAUAUAGAGAUGUGAUAGGAAAGUGACAGUGAUGUGAAUAUGUGCAUAAUAUGAUUAAAGCUUUGUUAAGAUUAUUUUGAUGCUAUAAAACAUUUUUAAUUCUUCCACGAGGAGUCACCAAAGUCAGAAAUGCUCCUUCCUGUAGGAGCUUUAAGAAUGUAAAUAUGAUGGUGAUGAAGAUUCUGCAUGAUAACCUUUUUCCUCCGCUUUUGUACAGAGCCUGCUGUUUAAAGCCAGAUCACUGAAAACAAUUAAAAUAUAUGAAAACUACAAAA